CGGGAAUAAUUUCGCUUGUUAGAAACAACAAUUGUCACAUUCAGUAGAAAAGCAAUUACUUUGGCGUCAAACUUGGAGGUAAAUGAGCUUUAUGGUUUCUUUAUUUAUGGGCAUGUAUGAGAGAUUGUAGCACACAGCAUUUGUAUGUACCCUCUUCUAAAGCAAAGUCAAAAAAUUCAUCAACUCACAGUCUCUUAUUACUCUCGAAUAAUAGACCAUUGUUUAUCAGUCAAGUCGUUUACUUCUGCUAAGAUUAUCCAUACCCAGUUGUUAAAAGUUGGGUUUAAUAGUCAUACUUUUCUGGGUAAUCGCUGUCUUGAUCUUUACUGUCAGUGUUUUGGCUCCGUUGAUGAUAUUUUGACAGUAUUUAGUGAUAUAACUAUUAAAAAUACUAUAUCUUGGAACAUUUGCUUGAAAGCUAUGUUAAAUUUGGGCCAUUUUGAGAUAGCGCGUUCUCUGUUCGAUAAAAUGCCUGAAAGAGAUGUUGUUAGUUGGAAUUCCAUGAUUUCUGGAUUCGCCUCAUAUGGGUAUUGGGAUUCUGCAUUAGGGCUUUUUCGAGAGAUGCAAAAUGUGGGUGUGAGACCAAGUGCGUUCAGUUACUCGAUUAUGAUGUCCUUAGUUUCUGUUGCUCAUCAUGGGAAGGAACUUCAUGGCAGCUUGGUUCGAAGUGGGUUGAGUGCAUUUAAUGUGGUGAUUGGGAAUUCCUUAGUUGACAUGUAUGGGAAGUUUGGCCAUGUUGAUUAUACUUUUGGUGCGUUUUUGACAAUGGAAAAGUUAGAUGUUAUCACUUGGAAUUCAUUGAUUUCAGGAUGUUGUAAAUCAGGAUAUGCAGAAUUGGCAUUAAAUCAGUUCUGUUUAAUGAGAUACUUAGGUUAUUCGCCUGAUGAAUUUACAUGUUCCGCGUUGAUCAAUUCUUGCUCUAAUUUGCGAAAUUUGGACCAGGGUAAGCAGAUUUUUGCUUAUUGUCUCAAGUUGGGAUUUCUUUGUAACAACAUUGUUUCAAGUGCCGCUAUUGACCUGUUUUCCAAAUGCAACAGAUUAGAGGAUGCAGUGCAGCUCUUUGAGGAGCUAGAAGAAUGGGAUUCUGCAAUUUUUAAUUCCAUGAUUUCAAGCUAUGCAAGGCAUGGUUUUGAGGAGGAUGCUUUCCAACUUUUUGUGCUUUCCUUGCGGGAGAAUAUUAGGCCUACUGAGUUCACAAUCAGCAAUGUUCUAACAUCUAUUUCCAUUUUUCCAGCAGAGGUAGGUACUCAGGUCCAUUCGUUGGUGGUUAAAUUAGGUUUCGAGUUGGAUGAUAUUGUUGCUAGCUCAAUUGUGGAGAUGUAUGCUAAAUUUGGAUUCAUUGAUUAUGCCAUGGAAAUCUUUAAGAAAAUAAUUGCUAGAGAUUUGAUAUCCUGGAAUACCAUGAUUAUGGGUUUGGCUCACAAUGGCCGAGUAGUUGAGACACUACACAUUUUUGAGGAACUACUGAGUAGAGGCCCACCACCAGAUCGCAUUACACUAGCUGGUGUUCUACUAGCUUGCAGUUAUGGAGGUCUUGUUGAUGAAGGAAUGACUAUAUUAUCAUCAAUGCAAGAAAGUUUUGGGGUAACUCCUGGUAGUGAGCAUUAUGCUUGCAUUGUGAACUUACUGUGUCAAGCUGGUAGGGCUGAUGAAGCAUUGAAGAUAACAGAAGGAACGCCUUAUGAACCCAGUUCUUUGAUUUUGAGACGAAUGCUUCAAACUGGUUUGAUUCAUGGAGAUCUAGAACUGACAGAGAUAGUAACAGAGAGGUUAAUGGAGUUGGAACCACAGUCCUCUCUGCCUUAUUUUGUGUUGGCUCGAAUAUAUGGGUCAAGGAGCCAAUGGGAGGGCAUGGUUCGAGUCAAGAAAACCGUUGAAAGAAAAAAGAUGAAGAGGGUAAUUGGAUGCAGUUGGAUUGGGAUAAGAAACCAUGUAUAUACUUUCAAGGCAGACCAGUUACAGCAUCAUGGAGGCAAAGACACGUAUUUGUUAUUAAGAUUGCUGGAUUGGGAGAUAGAGAAUGAAGGUUGUUUUUUUGGUAGCAUGAUAAAGUGAGGGCUAUGAAGAGUUGUUUACUUCAGUCUGGCUAUACGACCUGGAAUGCAAGAUUAUGCACAUUUAUCAUAUAGAAUUUUUUGCUUGCCCCAUCCUUUACCCAAAAACAAUGCUGGCAGAGAGAGCCUUUUAGUAAAACUGCAGUUUAUCCAUUACCUGUUUGGAUUUUUGCUGAUUUCAAGACAAACCAAUAUAUGGAAUUAUUUCAUAUGAUUGUGCCCCAACUGAGUUUAAUGGUUCAUCACUGCAGAAGGACCGUUACCAACUUCCAUAUUUGUUAAUAUAACUUGGCUUGUGCCAAUCAAGAGUUAAACUCCAUCAUUACCUUGACAAUGAAUGAUCUUAUAUGCAUCGGAUCAAAAGUUGGUCAAUUUCACAGAUAGAAGGAAUCAAGCCAUUAUUGAAUCCCGAAGCCAUUUUGGUUGUAUGGUGGCUGCCUAAGCAUUAUACGAGUUAAAAUUGCGUACAGCGCAGAUAGCAAAGUGGGCCAUUACCGUACAUCAUUCGAAUGGUGGUGGGGCAUAACUUCAAUCAUUACUAGUUUUUUUAGACACUAAAUGUCUUCCUUGCAUGUUGUUUGUAUUCAUUCAUUUUUCAUACUGUUUGUACUUAUUGAUUUUUUACAUUAUUUGUACUUGCUGAUUUUUACUUGUUGCAAAGUAAAUGCAAUUUAUUUUA